AUGAACCACUUCCUCGCUUCCCUCGUGUACGCCGCCGUCUUUACUGCCUCGAUCAAGGCGCAAGAUAUUCCGGCCGGCUCUUCUAUUCAGUUUGCUCUCGCGUCGAACUCAAGCGUGUGCCUCGGCGCGGUCGCGCCAGUCGACGAUGCGCACAUCGUUCUCGGAACGUGCGGUACACCGGGAACGACUUACGCCCUCGAUGACGGCACGCCCUCCGUCCAGACGCGCAUCAUAUUGGGAGACGUACUUCUCGAGGUGUGCGCGGAUGCGCCGCUGGAGCGCUGGCACGUUGCCGCUGGCGCUGGCGAGAUCUCCACCGCCGAGGAGGAAGAGGCGCUCUGUAUCACUGCUCCUGUGGAUGGGAAGCGGGGUGACUUGGUUACGACUCAGAGCUGUACUGGUGUCCCUGAACAGCAAUGGAUUGUUACCACCGUGGACGCCUAA